ACUAAGGUUCUUAGCUGAUCGAAAAAGAAGAAGAAUGUGGCAAUGAUGUCCUGCACCUGUUUAUACAUUGCAUAUUGUACCCUCUGACUCUGUGCUUUUGAUUGUAAGUGCAGGAAGAUGUCAAGGUUAUGGUUAGAAGGUUUCUUGAAUACGUUGUGGGAUAAUUAUCAAGUGAAUAGGGAACCGAUAUCAAUAUUACAGGCUUUCCAGAUAUCUCUGUGUUGGAUCGCGGCUUCAUUGCGGGAAUGUGAAAUUGAUAAGAAGGAAUCACUUGCCUCAGCAAAGCAACACUUGAACUUUGGCUGCACUGAGGAAGAGGCAAACCAUAUGCAUUCAAAGUUGCGACUGGUGAAGAAAAGAUUCAAAGUAGCAGUCCACGAUUUUGCCUCAGAUCGACUCAUUUCAAAACAAGAACAGGUGCCAAAUCGUGAAAAAAAGAAGAAAGAACUGUCGAAAUCUAUCAAGUGGAUGGAGAAAAAACGUUACAAGAAGAUCAUGAAGCUCAGUCUCAAGCACCAGGAGGAAAUUCAAGAGUUCAACAAACCGUGGGAGGAGGACAGUGCAAAAUUGAAGAAAGAUUACAUGGUGGAUUUGGCAAUUAUUCGGUCGAUACACAGUAAUGAUCCAGUGAGAUCAGAAAAGCUGAAGAGAAGAGAAGAAAAAUAUGUGAAGGAACUUCAAGAACUUGAGCACCGUAAAGGAAUGCUUCUUGGAAAACUUGAGGCAGAUCAUUUGGCUGAAAUGAAUAGGGUGAUGCAAAAGGCAGAGAUUUCUUUGCAGGAUUUGAAGUCCUGGGCUCAAACUGAAUUAUAUGGUGCUCCAUCGAGUGAAGCUGCAGCUCAAUGUGUCCCAGACGAAGUGGUUGUUGGUAGUGAGUUUGUAGAAAUUCUGAGCCCUGAUGUAGAGUCCAAUAGGGAGCCUGAUCAAAUAGAAGACUUGGAUGUUUCAGUCCUGGAUCCUUUGGCAAUUCAGAAUGAUGCUGCUGUCAGCCCCACCAAUGUUGGCUCACUUGAAGAAUCAUCUUUGUGCCAGCCAGUCGAUACUUUAGCUCAAGCUAGUUCAUCGCCACAGAUUUCGAAUCUGCAGAUGUAGUGUGAACUGUGAAGCCGUUUUCAGUUAUGGCGAAUGGCGAAGCUAAAACCAAUGUGUGUCCGGAGAGGGGCUUAAGGUAGGGGGCCCACUCUCCCCCCACCUUUUCUUGCUUGUCAAAGACGUUCUUUCGAAACUUUUCCAGGCUAGCAUAGGUGGUGGAGAUUUAGCAGGUAUGUGUAUUAAUAGAAAUUGUCCUAUGUUAUCGCAUAUUUUUUCGCUGCUGAUGCCAUUCUUUUUUUAAAAGCUGAAUUGAAAGAAUGUUGUGUGAUAAAGGGUGUGUUGGAAGAAUAUGGUAAAGCCUCUGGUCAACUUAUAAAUUUUGAGAAAUCUGGAGUUUUUUUCUCCUCCAACAUGAAUGAUUUUGAUAAACAGUUGUGUCGUGAUUUUUUGGGAGUUAAUCUCUUGCAGGGGGACUCGAAAUAUCUUGGACUACCUUCCUUUUGGCGUAGGUCAAAGGCAGAAGCAUACACUUUUCUGGUGGAGAAAGCAAUGGGGAAGAAGCAGGGUUGGAAGAAUAAACUUAUUUCCUUGGAUGGAAAGGAGACCUUGAUUAAGUUUGUGGUGCAGGGUAUUCCAACCUACGCCAUGGCUUGUUUUUUAUUACCGAAGAAAUUGUGUGAUAAAUUGAAUGCUUCAUUGCUUUGACUCGUAAUUUUUGGUGGAAGGGUAAUCCUGAAGAUAGAGGUAUUUGUUGGGCUUCUUGGGAGAGCCUUGGCAAAGCAAAGGAGGAUGGAGGGAUGGGUUUUACGAAUUAUAGAGCUUUCAAUGAGGCGUUGCUAGCUCGUCAAGGAUGGAGGCUUUUAAUGAACUAGGAUGCAUAUUGGACUAGAUUUUUCAAAGGAAUUUAAUUUCCCAAGUCAUCUUUUCUUCAGGUGAGUCGGGGUAGUCGAGCAUCUUGGGCAUGGUUGAGCCUUUUGCAUGGGAGGAAUCUGCUCUUUAAGGGUUUGAGAUGGUAGAUCCAGGAUGGCAAAAACAUAGACUUCUGGAACGAUGCAUGGAUCCCAUCCUUGCCAAACAUCAAAAUUCCUAUGGCCAAAUCAGUUAACAGUGAAGUUAACAGUGAAAUAAACUUGGUGGCAGACAUCAUUGAUCAGUCGGGACAGUGGGAUAUCUCAAAAGAUGGUGAAGGAGAUUCCUCAAAAAGUUGUUGAUGCAAUUUUGAAAUUCCCUUUACCUCAUUUGAAAAGGCCAGAUCAUCUUGUGUGGCAUUUCAACUCUACGGGAAUCUACACUGUCAAAUCUGGUUACCAUAUCGCUCACCAAGCAAUUUUGGAGAGUCAAAGAGAAAAGCCCGAAUCAUCCUGCAAACUAAAAAAAGAAGCUUGGAAAGUUAUGUGGAAAAUGAAAGUGCCUAAUAAGAUGAGGAGUUUUUGGUGGCUGGCUUGCAAGAACAUCUUAGCAACGAAAGAAAACCUCUUCAAGAGGAGAUGUGCAGUAGACAAUCUGUGUCCCAUUUGCGAGAAGGAAGUAGAAACUACGGAGCAUUUGUUUUUUCUGUGUUCAUGGGCCAAAAUGGUAUGGUUUAGGUGCAACAUUAAACCACUGGGGGAUUUUGGGUGGUUAUGCAUCUGUGAUCAAAUGGGUAGCUGAUAUGAUGGAAAAUUUCACGGUAAAGGAGGUAAUUAAUCUCAUGGGCAGGGUGGCUCUGAUAGCGUGGAACAUUUGGAAGUCAAGGAAUGAUUUUCUCUUCAACAAAACAAAGGUUAACCCACAGCAUACAAUAUCAUCAUCUCUCCAUGCUGAGAUGGAGUGUUUAAAAGCUUUUAUGAUUCCUAGAGUCCAGAUGGAUAAUCCAGCUAAUCAGGAGGAUUAAUUAUCCACCUGGAGGGCUCCGGACAAGGGCAGAUUUAAAGCAAAUUGUGACGCGGCCAUUCCUGCCUCAGGGCUUAGGAGUAAGGCUGCUAUUGUGCUUCGAAAUUGGAAAGCAAAGAUUGUGGAUCGCUUUGCCAGGUCAGUUCAUGUUGGGACUAGUCUUGGAGGGGAGCUCCAUGCCAUUAGCGAGAUGGUGAUCAGGUUGGGCUUAAAGGAAGUGGAGGUGGAGUCCGAUAACAAGCAGGCAAUCCAUCUAAGUGUGUUGGAAUUAGUGCCACCAUGGGAUGCCAGAGCGUUGGUGAUGGACAUUAGGCACUUUGCAUAGGCAGGAAAACUUCUUUUCAAGUGGGUUUGAACGGCAGCAAACGAAGUGGCACAUGAAGCUGCUUCUUUAGCUUUAAGGAAUUCUCUUCCAUGUCAUUAAGAUGUCAGGGGUUUGUGCUGCAUCUGACAUAUGGAGUGUUGGCUGCACAGUGAUUGAACUUCUUACAUGCGUGCCGCCAUACUAUGAUCUCUAGCCCAUGCCUGCUCUCUUCCGAAUCGUCCAGGUUUCUUUUCUUUGUUUUAUGCAGUUGUUUGUCCUGCUCUCAUGAUGAAACAGUUGUGAUCCCUAAAUGCCUUGUUGUUCUGUGGUGGUUAUACUUGAUCUUUAAUUUUCUUUAGCAAUUGGAGUCCAUUUUUUUUUCCAUUGUUCAUUCUGGAUGUAUAGUCAAGAAUAUUGCUUAAUAUCUUUCGGAAGUAACUGGACCACUUUGAUAUUUUGUAUUAGAUUGGGAAUCUUGGAAAUUGCAGUAGCAAUUGGAUUUUCCUUUUUGAUGUCUCCGGAUGAGCAUCCUCCAAUUCUAGAUGGUCUAUCUCCUGACAUAACUGAUUUCCUAUCUACAAAAGCUUGUUUCUAAUGUCUCUCCAUCUGCCGAUGGAAUUGAUACAAUAAGUACUCUCUCUCAUUUCUCAAUCUCUGCCUCUCUUAGUAUUUCAGAUUUAUUGAUUUCUCCUUGUGCCAUGCGUUUCUAUCGAUCUUAUUUCUCAAUCUUU